CAAUGCCAACUGAGUUCGCCUCUGUAAAGCUGCGAAGAGAUUGCUCAAAGAACUCCCUGCAAUGGUACACCCAAACCCAGAACAAGAUGAGAAGACCCAGCUCGCUAUUAAAAGGCAUUGUCAAGUGUACAGUGGUUGUGUUUGUAGUGUGGCUCCUGUACAUCUUCAAGGUAAAUUACACUGUUGAAGAAUGUGACAUGAAAACGAUGCAUUAUGUGGACCCUGACCGCAUAAAGAGAGCUCAGAGAUAUGCUCAGCAAGUCCUACAGAAGGAAUGCCGGCCCAGGUUUGCAAAGAAAGCCAUGGCUCGGUUAUUUGAGCACAGGUACAGCAUGAACUUGGAGCCCUUUGUGCAGAAGGUCCCCAGGGCCAGUGAAGCUGAACUCAAAUAUGACCCUCCUUUUGGAUUCCGGAAGUUCUCCAGUAAAGUCCAGAGCCUCUUGGACUUGCUACCUGAGCGUGACUUUCCUGAACACUUGAGAGCCAAGCACUGCAAGCGCUGCGUGGUUGUUGGCAACGGAGGCAUCCUCCAUGGACUAGAGCUGGGCCACGCUCUCAACCAGUUCGAUGUGGUUAUAAGGUUAAACAGUGCCCCAAUUGAGGGUUAUUCUGAACACGUUGGAAAUAAAACUACCAUAAGGAUGACUUAUCCAGAGGGUGCACCACUGUCGGACGUGGAAUACUUUGCCAAUGACUUGUUCGUCAGCGUUUUAUUUAAGAGUGUUGAUUUCAAGUGGCUUCAAGCAAUGUUAAAAAAUGAAACCCUGCCAUUUUGGGUUCGGCUCUUCUUUUGGAAGCAGGUGGCAGAAAAAAUCCCACUCCAGGCAAAACACUUCAGGAUUCUGAACCCAGUUAUCAUCAAAGAAACUGCCUUUGACAUCCUUCAGUACUCAGAGCCUCAGCUGAGAUUCUGGGGCCAAGAUAAGAAUAUCCCCACAAUCGGUGCCAUUGCCAUUGUCCUAGCCACACAUCUGUGUGAUGAAGUCAGCUUGGCAGGUUUUGGAUAUGACCUCAGUCGACCCAGGACUCCUCUGCAUUACUUUGACAGUCAGUGCAUGAGCGCCAUGAACUCUCAGGUCAUGCACAAUGUGACCACAGAGACCAAGUUCCUCCUGAAGUUGAUCAAGGAGGGUGUGGUGAAGGACCUCAGCGGGGGCAUCCAUUGUGAAUUUUGAGCACAACAAACCUCAAUUAGAAGCGCAGCUGAGAACUGUGGCGAACAAGCGCCACUUGCAAGUCACCCCACAGCUACUUUGACUCUUGCAGCUGCUGUUUUUAAACUUUUAAUUAAAAAAAAAGAAAAAAAGAACAACAAAAAAAAAAGUUUAGCUCCUCCCACUUUGCCCUAUUUAUUUGAAGUCAAUGUUGGGUUUUGCACAUUUUUAUAAGUUAAUUUUAAGAAUGGGAUUGGAAAGACUUGUCAAAGAGAAUGAUACUUUAUUGUACUAUAGGGAAAUAAUUUAAUUUGCAAAAACUGUACUCAUGUUGUCUGCGCCAUGAGUAGCGGGUGAUGAGGUGGGAGGAGAGGGGCCUCUGUCCCUUUGGUGAUGGCCCUGGUCCCCGAGUCUGGAUUCUGCUGCUCUGUUUGGUAGAACUGAAGGCAGAGGAAUUUCCUGCUUCCUGAAUGAAGGGCUUACUCAUCACCACUGGCAGCCACGGAGGUGGGGACCACUAGACAAUUCUGUAACCCCUUUCUGCCAGUCCAUCUUCUGCCAGAAGACUCAAGGCAAUCAACCGGAGCAGCUGGCCUGGAGGAUCCUGGCCGGAGAGCCACUGUUUGCUGAGUACUCUGCUGUUACCUCGGACUACAGAAGCCGUGUCUAGCCCACACCGUCAGGACACUUAAACUUGUAGAGAUUUUUUUUUCUGCCCUUCCAAAGCACUUAAGUGUUACCAAGACACUGCUGUUUGUCUGAGGUGGCACAUGGAAAUUAUGACAAAACCUCAGUUAUCCAGAGCCAUGGCUAAUGAGCCCUUCCAGGGAUGAAUGAUCACAUUUCUGAAGCACUGGAAUGAAAUCCUCCCAUUGUUAUAAGUUGCUUAUUUAAACAAAAAAGAAAAAAAAAGAGAGAGAUUUUCAGAUGCCCGACAGUGUAUCCCAAGUAAUGUCAAAAAAGAAAGGAAGAGGAAGAAUAAAAGCUAUUGAGGAGCCCUGUGAUCUAGUUA